AUGGGCCCCGCUGCGCUGAGCGGCGCCGCCGCCCCCGCGUCAGCGGUGCCGGCGCUGCGGCCGGUCUCCAGGCCAGCGGGUGGAGGUCCGCAGGUGCCGCAGCAGGGCAUGGCAGCAGGGCCGGCGACUCAGAGCCCAAGCCCGCUGCUGGCGCCCACCAGGCCCCAGCCGCUCGUGCCCGCCAUGCCCGCGGCAGGAGCGGCAGCAGCGGUGCCGCCGCCGGCGGGUUCGGCUGCCGUCCCCGGCGCCGUGCUGGGCAUGAAGCGGAAGGCGGACGCAGUGCAGCAGGGGCAGCCGGCACGCAUCCUGCCCGUCCCCGGCAUGCCGGCAGUCGGCGUGCCCAUGCUGCCGCACCCGGCAGCGGCUGCCACCGCUGUGGUUGGCCAGCCGAUCGAGACGGUGGCGGGCGCGGGGCUGCUGCCGCCGCCACCCCACCCGUCUCCAGGCCACGGCGGCAGCGCCCAGACGGACGGCGGCUCCAGCGACGACGACGAGGCGCCUGGUGCGGGCGCCGGCGGCGAGGCGCAGGCCAGCGAGGCUGCCUCUGCUGCUGCUGCUGCAGCAGCGUCGGCGGCGGCUGGCGGCGAGGUGCAUGGCGGGCACAACAGGAAGGCUCGGCUGGUGUGGACCCAAGAGCUGCACAAUCGCUUCAUCAACGCCCUCAGCCACCUGGGCCUCAAGAAUGCUGUGCCCAAGAGCAUCCUGGCGAUGAUGAACGUGGAUGGCAUGACGCGGGAGAAUGUGGCCAGCCACCUGCAGAAGUACCGCCUGUACCUGCGCCGCUUGGGAGGGCUGAGCGACAAGGACCGCGCCGAUGCGGACGCGCUGCAGCGCCUGCACGAGCAAAACGUGCAGGCCAUGGCGGCCCAGCAGAUGCUGCAGCACAGCCUUGCGGCCAUGCAGGGCCCGCCUGCGGGCGUGCUGGCAGCCAUGGGCAUAGGCGGCUAUGCAUAUGAGCACCAGGCCGGGCAGGUGCAAGGGCAGCCGGCUGCAGCCGCUGGCGGUGGAGCAGCAGCGCCCAUGGGGCCUCAGCAGGCCGGCGCUCUGGCCGCCCCGCUGCCUCUGAAGGUGGGGGAGGUUGGCGGCGGCGCUGCUGCACCUCCCAGCAGCGGGCUGGCCAGCCUGGCCAACCUCGCUGCCGCCGGGCUGGCCGACCUAGCCGCCGCUGCUGCUGGCUCGGGGGCAGCAGGCACAGGCGGCAGCAGCAGCAGCUCCCCGCCUCUACCAGCAGCAGGUGCAGGCGCGGUGGCUGGCCCCGGGCCCAGACCCGUGCCUGGCAUCCAGGGGGUGCCGCUGGCCGCCAGCCUGGACCUUGCUGCACCACCUGUGCAGCCAACCUGGGCCGGCGAGCACGCGAAUGGCAGCCGCGCCGUUGCUGCAGCUGCGCCCAGCUUGCCGGGCCCUGGCAACACAGCAGCACCUGCUUUUGGCACUGGGGCAGAUGGUGACGCCAACGGCACGGCCCACUCACACCAUCUUGGGCCCCGCGCUGCGGCUGCGGCUGAUGGCGCCGCAGGCAAGCCUACCCCUGCUGCCGUGAUCUGGGCCACUGCGCCCGGCACUCCGCCAGAGUAA